AUGCCAAAGGAAAAGGUUCACAUUAAUAUUGUCGUCAUUGGACACGUCGAUUCUGGUAAAAGCACCACCACCGGUCACUUGAUCUACAAGUGCGGAGGUAUUGAUAAGAGAGUUAUGGAGAAAUUCGAGAAGGAAUCUGCUGAAAUGGGCAAGGGCUCAUUCAAGUAUGCGUGGGUCUUGGAUAACCUCAAGGCUGAGAGAGAAAGAGGUAUCACCAUUGAUAUUUCCUUGUGGAAAUUCGAAUCACCAAAGUACUACUUCACCAUCAUUGAUGCUCCGGGCCAUAGAGAUUUCAUCAAGAACAUGAUCACUGGUACCUCUCAGGCUGAUGUCGCUAUUUUGGUCGUUGCUGCUGGAACUGGUGAAUUCGAAGCCGGUAUCUCAAAGAACGGACAAACCAGAGAACACAUUCUUUUGUCAUACACCCUUGGUAUCAAACAAAUGAUUGUUGCCGUCAACAAGAUGGACACUGCCAAGUACAGCCAAGCUAGAUUCGAAGAAAUCAAGAAGGAAAUCUCCACUUUCUUGAAGAAGACUGGUUUCAACCCAGACAAGAUCCCAUUCGUCCCAAUCUCUGGUUUCCAGGGUGACAACAUGAUCGACCAAUCAACCAACAUGUCAUGGUACAAGGGCCCAACUUUGUUGGGAGCACUCGACAACGUCAACGAGCCAGUCAGACCAGUUGAGAAGCCACUCAGAAUCCCACUCCAAGACGUCUACAAGAUCUCUGGUAUCGGAACAGUCCCAGUCGGAAGAGUUGAGACUGGUGUCCUCAAACCAGGUAUGUUCCUCACCUUCGCCCCAACCGGUGUCACCUCUGAAUGCAAGUCAGUCGAAAUGCACCACGUUGCUCUUACCCAAGCUAUUCCGGGUGACAACGUCGGAUUCAACGUCAAGAACUUGACUGUCAAGGAUAUCAAGAGAGGAAACGUCGCUUCUGAUUCCAAGAACAAGCCAGCCUCAAAGACUGAGUACUUCAAGGCUCAAGUCAUCAUCAUGAACCACCCAGGUCAAAUCAGAAAGGGAUACACCCCAGUCCUCGAUUGCCACACUUCCCACAUUGCUUGCAAAUUCUUCCACUUGGAAGCCAAGAUCGACAGAAGAACUGGUAAGGCUGAAGAAGGUGUCCCAGAAUUUGUCAAGAACGGAGACUCCGCCAUCAUCGACAUCCUCCCAACCAAGCCACUCUGUGUUGAGACUUUCACUGAGUACCCACCACUCGGAAGAUUCGCCGUCAGAGAUAUGAAACAAACCGUCGCAGUCGGUGUUGUCAAGGCCGUUUUCGCUCCAUCAGACGAUGCCACUAAGUUCUUGCAAGAACACGGUGAAGCCACCAAGGCUGCUGCCAAGGGUGGUAAGGCCGGUGCCAAGGCUGCUCCAGCUAAGAAAUAA